AUGCCGGCGUCGGAAGAGCAGAGCCAGGGAGCCGCCGAGAGGGACGGAGCUGGCAGUGACCGCGUGGCGUCCACCAUCGCGGCAUCCCUCCUGUCUCUCGCCGCUCCUAAGCCCCUCGUCUCCUUCCUCCGCUCGCCGCUCCACGCCGCGCUGCUGUGCCUCCCCGUCGUCGCGUUUCUCCUCGUUGUCCUCGCAGAGUCGUCGCCGACCGUCGCAGAUCCAGUCGCAGGCGACACAGAGGGCUCCAGUCAGAGCGUCGCGUCACUUCCGACCGAAUUUGCAGCCCCGCCUGCGGCGCUGGUUCCGGCGCCGCAUUUGGCGGACUGCGCGGCGAAUGCGCGCGUGUAUGCGGAGGAGCACUGGGCCAACCGCCCCGCCGAUGGCGCCGACCCGCCCUGGGCCGCCCUCAGACGCCAUGCGGGCGAGGGGGAGGGGAAAGGGGAGGGGGAUGGGGAUGGGGAGGGGGAAAAAGGGGGGGAAGGGGAAGGGGGCAAGAGGGAGAGUGAGAUAGGCGGGAGCAGCGCAGGGGGAGUGCGGAGAGAGGAUGUGCGCGGAGGAGAGGCAUGCGGGGAGGGGGCGGCGAUGGAGGGGCCGUUGCCGCCGUGGGUGGAGGGCGCGGACGCGGACAACUACCCGCUCACGCGCGUGGUGCAGCGCGACCUCUGGCGCCUCCAGUUCCCGCGCAACUGCUCCCACCCCGCUGUAAGGUUCCUGCUGGCGCCAGUGGGGGGGAGCGGGCGGCACGGGCUGGGCACACAGAUGACGCUGCUGGCGGGUGCGCUGGCGCUGGCCGUGCGCAGCGGGAGGGUGCUGGUCAUUGCGCAGGCGGGGGCGAGGGGCAGGGGGCGCGGGGGCGUGGGGCUGCUGGGGGGCUUUCAGCGCGCGGAGCACGAGGGGUGUGCGCGUGAGGGCAUGCGCGGCGAGUGGCGCUGCUACUUCCUCCCAGAGACGUCCGACGAGUGCAGGCGCCGUGCACACGCCCUGGCCAGGCGUGCCGCGUCCUUCCAGGGCGCCCACCCGCUGCUCGCCACCACCAAGCACCCCUCCCUCGCCGCCCCCACGCCCUUUCAACCCGGGGGCUCAGGGGAGGGACAGGAAGCUGAGCAGGGCAGAGGGGAGGAAGAGGGGGCAGAGGGGGAGGAUGGGGGGGAAGAGGAGUCGGGGGGCAGGCAGCGGCGGCGCAAGAGGGGGACGCGGCCGCUGUUCUUCCCGGCUGUGCCGUCGCGGUGGGGGCAGCCGUGGCUGGCCAUCCCGGGCGUGGUGGAGGCGGAGGGGCGCCUCAUCGUCACCAACCGCUUGAAGUCAGCCGCCUCGAUCCCUUCCAACCCCUCGCUUCUCGCCUUCCUCCUCCGCUCUCCGUGUUUCUCGCUGCCAACACCUUUUCCUUUGCAUGCCCCUUCGCCCUCAAGGCAGUGCCUGAGACUACACGCACCGCUGGUGGCGCGCUCAGGCUACUCUCUUCUUCCUGAGACUAGUCCCUGCUCUGGCUCAACCCAGCAUCCCACUCGCUGCACCACACAUUGCUCUCCCCUUACCCCCAGCACCCUUUCCCCCCCCUCCUCCCCCUCUCCCAGCAACACACACCGCUGGUGGCACGCCCAGGCUGCGCGCUUCUUCCUGAGGGCACCCUCGCCGCGCCUCUGCCGUCUGCUCAACGCCCAGCGCCACCUCUCCUACGGCCGCCUCGCCGCUGCUGCCGUCGCCCAGGCUGAACUCGCUGCCGCCCAGGCUGACGUGGCACUAGCACAGGCUGAUCUGGCUGUAGCUCAGGCGGACGUGGCUGUGGCACAGGCUGACGCCACUGUAGCAGAGGGAGGUGCGGCUGUAGGAGAUGGGGAAAUGGCAGUCACUGGGUUACCUGCCUCUGCUGCACUGCCCGCUGGCCCAUCUGGCAGCACCUUGCUGUGGACCAUUGCACCUGGCCCAAUGGAGCGGCAGCUGUGGUGGCGGGUGCGGGUGCCGUGGGUGCCGCGGGCGCUGGUGAGCAUGCACGUGCGCAUGGGCGACAAGGGGCGCGAGAUGCGAGUGGCGGGCGUGGGGGAGUACGUGCGCCUGCUGCUGCGCGUGCGCCGCCACGACCCGCACGCGCGCUUCGUGUGGCUUGCCACCGAGAUGCAGCCCGUGGUGGAGCAGCUGACCGGCAUGGGCGGGUGGACGUGGUUCACGACAGCAGUGCCGCGCAUGGCGGGCAACGACAGCAUGCCUGCGUACGAGCGCGCGCUGGGCGUGCAGCGCAGCACUGACAACGCGUUUGUGAACCUGCUGCUGGCGGGCGAGGCGGACUACUUCAUCGGUGCACUCGGGUCGUCCUGGUCCUUCCUUCUCGACGCCCUGCGCUGCACCGCCGGGAAGAUGCGCCGCGGCUUCCUCAGUGUCAACGUUUCUCCCCGCUGGUAG